AUGAUGUUUGUGAAAUUCCAGUACUUCUGCAUCGUAUACUUCCUGCUGAUGCGCUUCCUUAACGGUGCCACGAUGGAUCUGUACAAAAAUUCGCGCCUCGGCAAUCGCAUCGUGCAGACGCGGUACGGCCGGCUACAAGGGUUGGUACUGCCACUGGAAGGAUAUAAAUUUCUCAAACCCAUCGAAGCGUUCCUCGGCGUACCGUACGCCACGCCACCAACUAAAAUGAACAGAUUUAGUCCAACCCGCACGCCGUCGCCCUGGGACGGCAUACGGAUAGCGGAUAAGUUUAGUCCGGUCUGUCCCCAGCGACUGCCGAAUGUAAAUAACGAAACAGCAGCUUUAGAUAAGAUGCCAAAAGGACGACUAGAGUACUUGAAACGUUUGCUACCUUUUUUACAGAACCAAUCGGAGGACUGUUUGUAUUUGAAUGUAUUUGCCCCAGUUCAUGCCACUCAAAGUGACAAGAAACUGCCUGUUAUAGUAUUUUUACACGGAGAGUCGUUCGAGUGGAACAGCGGGAACCCGUACGAUGGUACCGUACUAGCCAGUUACAGUGAUUUAGUCGUAGUUACGUUAAACUAUCGGUUAGGUAUAUUGGGUUUUCUUAAUGCCAAUCCCAGCCCACAGUUGCGCGCCCGAGUGGCGAACUAUGGCCUGAUGGACCAGAUGGCCGCCCUGCACUGGGUCCAGCAGAACAUCGCCAAGUUCGGCGGCGACCCGUCGACGGUGACGCUGGCGGGGCACGGGAGUGGCGCAGCCUGCAUCAACUUCCUGAUGACGUCCCCGACGAUGGUGCCGGGCCUGUUCCACCGGGCGAUCCUGCUGUCCGGCUCGGCCUACUCGUCCUGGGCGCUGGUCGAAGACCCGGUAGUGUACGCGCUCAAGCUGGCCAAGGAGGUCAACUGCUCGAUCCCGGAGGAUCUAAUCAAGAACCACGAGCUGAUCGUCGACUGCUUGCGGGAUGUGCCGCUCGAGGAGCUGUUCGCCGCCGACAUUCAGCCACCGAGCUUCCUGAGUGCGUUCGGUCCAUCGGUGGACGGGGUGGUGAUACGACCCGGCCGGUCCAACCAGGACAUCGACGAGCUGCCGGUCCGAGCCGGCACCUCCAAGCGCUCGCAAGGUGCGGCCGGGCGCUACGACCUGCUGUUCGGCGUCGUCACCGGCGAGGCUCUCUGGCGCUUCAGUGCCGCCGACAUUCAGAGCGGGUUCGAGGGCGAGCGACGAGACAAGAUCCUGCGGACGUACGUGCGUAACGCGUACACCUACCACCUGAGCGAGAUCUUCUACACGGUGGUGAACGAGUAUACGGACUGGGAGCGUACCGUGCAGCACCCGAUCAAUAUGCGCGAUGCCGCCGUCUCAGCGCUGUCCGAUGCUCAGUUCGUUGCGCCACUCGUGCACACCGGCGACAUGCUGGCCCCACCGCCGCCACUGCCCGGCCAGGAGCCGUCGGGGCCGAAGUGUUUCUUCUACGUGUUCGACUACCAGACCAAGGACGGGGACUACCCGCAGCGGAUGGGUACGGUGCACGGGGAGGACCUACCGUACGUGUUCGGCGCUCCACUCGUGGACGGCUUCAAUCACUUCCCGCGGAACUACACCAAGUCGGAGGUGGCCCUUUCGGAGGCUAUCAUGGUGUACUGGGCUAACUUCGCGCGAACAGGCAACCCAAACGAGCACCAUCGACAGGACUCAAUCCUGUCGGCGUCACGCGAACGGAACCGCUUCCGCAGCAUCAACUGGGAGGAGUACGAUCCGGUCCAUCAGAAAUACUUGGAAAUUGGCAUGAAGCCACGGAUGAAGAACCACUUCCGAGCGCACCAGCUGUCGAUCUGGCUGCGGUUGAUCCCGGAGCUGCACAAGGCCGGCAUGGAGGACGUGAUAGCGAGGCACAAUCUCUUCAAAAACCACGAUGACAUGGACCUGUACGAGGGUCUGGUGAAACCGGACUCGUUCGCCGGCCGGCUCAACUACCUGGAGGACAAUCUCAAGCGCCGAGGUAUGCUCACGGGCGGCGAACUAGGCCACGCACUGCACGCCAACGUCGGCAUGACGACGGCCGAGCCAGUCCUGCUAACAACGUGCAUGCCGGUCGGCAACUACAGUGCACUGGCGCCGACGGUCACGGUCCUGAACGCCACCACGGACACGCUGGCCGGGCUCGAGGCGGCCGGAUAUGCCGCCUACUCGACCGCGCUCAGCGUCACGAUCGCGAUCGGCUGCAGUCUGCUCAUCCUGAACGUGCUCAUCUUCGCCGGCGUGUACUACCAGCGCGACAAGACGCGGCUCGAGGUGAAGAGCCUGCAGAAACAGUACCAGCAGCGGGGCGGUGGCCUCCACCAGCAGGGUCCGUUCGAUCCGAUUAAGCACGCCCACUACCAUCUCGGCCAUUCGCAGUCGGCGAACGUGAUCGUGGACGUCGAGAACCACGAUACGGGCGCGCUCAUCCUGGCCGGCGACGUCAAGUCGUCGCACAUCUGCACCAACGCCAUGCAGAUAAGCGUCAUGAAGAGUGGCUCACCGGGUGGUGGCGGUGUCGAUGGUCGCGGUAACGGCGGUGGUGGGAAUAUGGUUGGGAAUGUUGGUGGUGGUGGUGGUGGUGGUGGAGUGGACGGUGGAAGUUGCAAUGUGCCGGCCCCGCUCGGCCAGUCGAACGUGACGAAGAUGUCGCUGCAAGCGAACAACACGUCCUACGGUACGACGAAGCUUCCGCCGCGCAGCGAACACAUCGCCAUUCCGAUCAAGAACUCCACCUUCAUCGGCACCGGCGCCGGUGGGGGUGGUGGGACGUUCGUCAGCGGCAUGAUGACACUGCCAAAGCCCAGCUCACAGCAGCAGCAGCAACAGCAGCAGCAGCAGCAACAACAUCAGCAGCAAGUGCACAUCCCGAUGAGCUACAACCGGAACGAGUGCAUGACGUUGCCGCGCGGCGUGGGCGGCGCCGGACUGAGUGCAGCUUCCGCCGGCACCAACACAGAUGUGCAACAAAUUAAAUUACCACCAAACGGAACCGCCAUCGGCAUCCACAUGCGGGCAUCGCAAGCCUCGCCGGAAAACCGUCCCCUGCUCGCCACCCACCAGCAGCAGCAGCAGCAACAGCAAAUGGUCUCGUCCGGCCACUCGCACCACCAUGCGCACCAUGGACAGCAGCAGCAGCAGCAUCAAGAUAGUUUAACGCAAUUAAAAUCACAAAAUCUGAAGAACAACAACUCCUGCCCGCAGCAGCUACCGCACGCGGCCAUGAGCGAGAUGCGGGUCUGA